ACCGAGGCUUCAAUCAAACGACUUCUCUAUCAACCACAAAAACCACAACCACCACAACAACAGACAACAAACAAUGACGACUACCAAGGACGAAGAUCCCGUAGUCUUUUACGCCCCUAUUCCCACCAAUCCCGACAACAGCAACCAAAACUACGUCGUCUUACCGCUCUACCCCCACUCCCACCUCCGCCGCCGCCACAACCACCACCACCACCACCGCUACCCGAGCCUCUCCCGGUGCGUCGGCGUCGCCGCCGCCUUCCUCCUCCUUUCCACCGCCGCCUUCCUCCUCUACCCCUCCGACCCCCACCUCUCCCUCGUCCGCAUCCACCUCAACCACAUCCAAAUCCUAACCUCCCCUCAACUCUCUCUUGACCUCUCUCUCUCUCUCACCCUCCGAGUCCUCAAUCGCGACUUCUUCUCCCUCGAUUACUCUUCUGUCCAUGUCACAAUCGGCUACCGAGGUCGUGAGCUAGGGUUCGUCACUUCCAAUGGCGGUCACGUUAAGGCUAGAGGAUCGUCCUAUGUGAACGCCACGCUUGUGCUCGAUGGAUUUGAGGUGCUUCAUGAUGUUGUCUAUUUGAUUGCGGACUUGGCCAGAGGUACGAUUCCUUUUGAUACUGAUUCAGAGGUGAAUGGCACGGUUGAGAUCUUCUUCAUUGAUGUUCCGAUCAAGGCAACAAUAUCAUGUGAAGUUUUUGUAAAUACAAACAACCAGACAGUUAUUCGUCAGAAUUGCCUACCUCAGCUUGUAUUAGGCCACCACCACCGCGACCACCCCAGACAUACUCAUCGUGAUGGUGCCUGCACCGGAAUGACCCUGGGUGCCUUGUAGGUGAACAAACACACU